UCUCAGACAACCAAAACAAAAUAGUCCUAGCACUAGUAGCAAAGCGAUGGAAUUUGAUAAGAAGCAGCAAUUGCAAAAGCACUUUGUGCUAGUGCACGGUGCCUGCCAUGGAGCUUGGUCCUGGUACAAGCUCAAACCACUUCUCGAGUCCGCAGGCCAUCGGGUCACCGCACUUGACCUCUCGGCCUCUGGCAUAAACACCAAAAACCUACAAGACCUUCGUACAUUUCACGACUAUACCCGACCAUUGUUGGAGCUCAUGGCUUCCCUUCCUCAGCACCAAAGAGUCAUUCUGGUUGGCCACAGCCUCGGGGGUCUGAACAUAGCUUUGGCUGCAGACAAGUACCCGGAGAAGGUCUUAGCUGCCGUUUUCUUGGCUGCUUUCAUGCCAGAUUCUGUACAUGCGCCAUCGUAUCCUCUGGAUAAGUAUGUGGAGCGGACCUCAGCAGAAGCAUGGUUGGACACAGAAUUUGAACCCUAUGGUAGCCCAGAGGAACCAACUGGAACUUCAUUCUUUUUCGGGCCACAGUUCUUGGCUACCAAACUUUACCAACUCUCCUCCACAGAGGAUGUGGAGUUGGCUAAACUGUUAGCCAGACCAAGCUCGUUUUUUCUUCAAGAUUUGUCAAAUGCUAAGCCUUUUUCCAAGGAGGGUUAUGGAUCAGUUGAGCGAGCUUAUAUCAUAUGCGCUGAGGAUAAAGGAAUACCGCAAAAUUUUCAACGUUGGCUAAUAAAAAACAAUGGGGUGUCGACGGUAGAGGAGAUAAGUGAUGCAGACCACAUGGCGAUGCUUUCCAAGCCCCAGAAACUUUGUCAAGUGCUGCAGCAGAUCGCAGAUCAGCACGCAAGCUAGUUCUAAUAACCUGCCCUGAUUGGAUGUUGGAUGUUGGAUGUUGGAAACAACUUCUCGUAGUGUUUCUGCUUUAUAGAUAAACAACUUGAUCACAUGCGACAAGUUUGCAACAGCACUCGAGUCUGGUCUUAUCCAACGUUGUAUAGAUGGUGCUCUGGGAAGAGGGCAAGAACGGUUGUAGGAACCGACCGUUAUUGAAAUUUCAUGGUCAAGAUUUGAUCGAAAAUAAUUGUAAAAUUCAGAUUUCAUCUUC